AUGUCCCAAGUCGACGACACCGAUAUCCCGUAUCUCGUGCUCGCCGCGAGCGACGAUACCCUUGCACAGCGCACAUUUCGGUCGAUCCCCGAGGUCGUCGAGCACAUCGAAACCUACCUCCAAAGCAACGCCCCUUCCUGGGUUCCGCUCGACAGGGAGUCCUGGACCAGCAUCGCGUCGAUAACUGCUCCUCCCGCCGCAAUCUUCCUGCUUUCCGUCGGUAAAGAGGACAACUACACGCUCACAGCUGUCACCGUUUUGUCUGCCGUGUGCUCGUCUGCAGUGAACCAUCAGAAGCAGCGCGCGGACCCGGAAACCGGCCGAUCAAGACUGACGAUUGUCAAGCUCGCAGGUUUUGGGGUAGCUGGAGCAGGCACGGUAUUGCUGAGUGGCAUUGGGCUGGCGGAAAGGCUGCUCAAAGGUCUUCAUCUGCCACACGCGGUUUCCUACAUGAUGGUGGCGAAUGGCUUGCAGGCAGCAGCUGUUGGGCACUCAGGCCCGCGUCCUUCCGCACCGAUCACUGAUUCCGACGAUGACGAUAUCGAGCUUGGGGCUGUAUGA